AUGGAUAAAGUUUCAAGUAGACCUAAAGGGACUGCCACUAUCGCUCCCUCAAGAAGUGGUUCGACACAAAGUAUGUCGUCGGCUAAUGUUAAAGUUGUUGUGAGGGUAAGACCCUUAAACGAACGAGAAUUGGAGCAAAAUAGUCGAAUUGUAGUGGAUGUAGUCGACGACAAAAUGCUGGUGUUUGACCCCAAAGAAGAGAUACGACCCUUUUUCUACCACGGUAUACAGCAGCCUAACAAAAAUUUCCUGAAACGAGCAAACAAGGAACUCAAAUUUGUGUUUGAUCAUGUCUGUGGACAUAAAUCAACUAAUAAGGAUGUUUUUGAAACUACAACUAAAGAAAUACUUGUCUCACUAAUGGAAGGCUACAACUGUUCCGUAUUUGUGUAUGGUGCAACAGGGGCGGGGAAGACUUUUACCAUGAUUGGAAAUGAAGAACAUCCGGGCAUAACUUACCUCACCAUGGAACAUCUGUUUUAUACUAUUGAUUCAUUUAAGGAAGAGAGGGAAUUUGAUAUUGGUGUUUCAUAUAUAGAAGUUUAUAAUGAAAAUGUUUAUGACCUGUUAAAACCAUCAAAAACUCCACUACAACUCCGGGAAGACUCGAAAUACGGUGUCAUGGUAGCAGGGCUAACUUUGUACAAUAUUAACACUGCUAGAGAGCUUUUAAACAUGCUUGAGAAUGGAAAUAAGAAUAGAACACAACAUCCCACUGAUGCAAAUGCUGAGAGUUCCAGGAGUCAUGCUGUCUUUCAGGUAUAUGUAAAAAUGAGGUAUAAAACCAGCAGUCAACUACGUAUUGUGAAGCUAUCCAUGAUAGAUUUAGCAGGAAGUGAACGCGCCUCUGCUACUGGAUGUAUUGGUGACCGGUUCAAAGAAGGGGCUAAUAUAAAUAAGAGUUUGCUGUCACUUGGGAAUUGUAUAAAUAAAUUGGCAGAUGGUAGCAGUUAUAUACCCUACAGAGACUCAAAACUAACUCGUCUUUUAAAAGAUAGCCUUGGUGGAAACUGUAAGACCGUUAUGAUUGCAAAUAUAUCCCCAUCACAUGCAAGUUACGAGGACACAUAUAACACACUCAAGUAUGCAGCUCGGGCAAACAAAAUACAACUGAAUAUAAAGAAGAACAUAGUUGAUGGUGAUUUAAGACUAUCUCAGUAUGUAAAGAUAUGUGAAGAGCUAAAGAAGAAGGUUAAAGAAUUGGAAGCAAAGUUAUCAUUAUCCAAUGUUAAGUCUACAGUUAAAGAGAGUGAUUCAGUUAAUGAAAAGAUGCAACUUGAGUGGCGACAGCGUAUAUCUGAAGCAGAGGCGGUACAUAGCACCCUGGAAAAUGAACUACUGGGGCUAAUGACGAGGCAGCGAGUGUUAGCCUUACGUCACCGCUUGCGUACGUGUGCCUUCAGUCACGUUGCUGAUUUGGCUCAUAGGUCAUCCUCUGAAGCUAUGGAACAGGUGUGUACAGAAGAGAUUCCACGCCAAGAAAGAGCAGCAGAGAACUAUGUUGUGAAAUCUGUGCACUUGGAUACUAAAAUCAAAGUCUCAUGGACUAAAUGGAACGAAAGUCGACAGAAAAUGCAAGUUCUAUUCAAUCAGGCCCUUAGUGAAUGCCCUGAGCUGCAAAAGUUCGUUGAAAAUGUACAACAACAAAGCGAAAUGAGACUUGUCAGAGCUAGAGAUAACCUUAGACACAAAUUGUUGUGUAUAGAGAAUGAGGAAAUAAAUGCCUUCACAGAGUAUGUGAGUGAUAUGUCUGGUAUGCUCAAGAAACUAUAUUUGACGCUUAAAGGAUACGACAAGGCAACUCCUGCAUUGACAGCGGAGUAUUUAGAGAUAAUGAAAAAGGCUAAAUCGGCCAAAGGUAUCACUUGGUCAGACAAAGAGAGGGAGAGCGAUGCGCAUUUCAAAUUCGUUUCAACUUUAGACCUCGAAAAACCUACGACAACUAUUGACUUCAAUACAGCUAUAAAGAAAGAUGCUAACAUGACUAUCGACAUUGCGACUGACAGUGAAGACUUGACUGACAUCGAGAACCGCGAUCCCUUACAGUCUAUGGCCAACAAACGUAAAGGAACACCGAUAAAACUUGCUAAUAACGAGACAAUUAUAAUCAACGAUUCUUUGGACCUGCUAGACUCAACCAGAAAUUUGAACUCUGCGAAGAAAAUCAAAAAGGAAUAUGACACAGAGCUUGACAUUGAGAAUUAUGGUUCUGCAAUCGAUCCCAAUAACUUAAAUUCGACUUUUGUUCUUAAUGAAAAAAUUGAAGCAUUGAAGAAGCAGCCAAUGCAGACUGAGGUUAUGAAGACUGAUGUAAAUCUACCAGUGAAGAAAGGACUCUUCGACAGGACUAAUACAAUACAGAGGGCUCUGAAUUUUAAUGAUAAAGCGGCUAAAAUCGUCAAGCCUGUAGUGGGUAAAGCUAUACCGUUGCGCCGCGUUCCUCCAACCAUGAAUGGAAGUCGUCCAGCGCCAGGAUUCGGCUCUAGUCUAUCGAGAGAUGGCAUCCCACUGCAAAGGAAUGUGCAAGCCGUGAACUCACGCAUGAAAGGAAGCGACACUCAGAAAUCAGUUGGUUACAAAGCAGUGCGAGCGCGCGAACGAGUUCAGACGCACCCGUACUCCAGACCAAUCGCUCCUGCUGCACGGAGACAAUGA